AUGUCCAAAAAGCCCGUCCGCGAGCUCAAACCUAUUGAGCCUCUGCAACAGAGAUGGGAGCCAUCACCGAACCCGGCGGAUAUACAGAUACCUGGGCUGGAUACGAAUGCGUCGAUCAAUGACCAGAACGAUCAGAUUGAGCAUAUGAAGACCUUGAAGCUUCAAAACAUUGAUGCGAAUAUUGCCCAUGCUCACCAUCUUCUAUUGACGCGUCUCCUUCCAACUUUCAAGCGGUUUGCACUGGCUACUGAGCCUGUGCGAGACGCGGCGAAGUCAUGGACAGCAUUCUUCGAAGCUGCGGCACAAGUCAACUUGCCUAGAGAUGAUUACUCUUACGCCGAAGAGUCCGAGGAGCCUGUGGUCGAAGCCGAAGAGAGCGUAGCAGACCAAACUAUCCGCGACGCUGGUCCUUCUGACGUCUCAAAGUCUAUUCACCCGUCUCCGUCAGCGGAUCCAACUCGUAACACGACCUUUGAUCCCGAUCGAACACCCUCGGAAAGCUCUUUCAUGCCUGGUUCCAACGCUAUCUCGUCAACACCCGCGACGACCACUCGUUACCGCAUGGAGAACCCACAAGAUUCCUUCUCCACGGACGCAUCUUCUUCACGAGUCACUCAAUCUCCUACGCUGGAGAAACUCAGUCGCGACAUUCGCGCCUUCUCUAUCGACGACGAGACACCCGGACGCCCGGUGUUCUUGCCCGCAUCUACUUCUGGGCAGCGAUCUCAGCUGGAGGUACCAUCCACGGAUAGCGAGGAUUCUAUUCUCGACGACGAACCGACUCCGCAGGCACACUUCCUCCCACCCUCUCGUUCCCCUUCACCCUCUCGUUCCCCUUCACCCUCUCGUUCGCGCUCCCGUAGCAAGAGUAAAGGUCGUUCGCGCAGUCUUCGCGAGAAUGUGCUACGCACUACCGCUUCACGUCGCGUAUCUGCCGCACACAACCCCUACCUUCCCGAAGGAUCAGAUCCGAGGAACUGGUCGGGCGUCGUAGAUCUGCGAGAUAUCAGCGUCAUCCGUUCUCCAGCACGCGGACGUGCGCCGCCGCCGCCGCCGCAAUCCGAUGAGGGAGAAGACGAGGACGACAUGUCAUUCGUCGCCAACCUUAGAAAGAAGUACGGUGGCGGGAGUCAGAUCUCCUCGUCAUUCGGCUCGUCUAUGGAUGUGCCCAUACCCAAAGCUGUAACCGUCUCGCGGUCUCCCGCGAAGGCAGCCGCUUCGCGGAUCGGACGUGAUCUGCUCGAACAGGCCGCCGGGCGCACUUACGGACAUGAGGAGACUACUUCGAGCACAUUCAGUAGCCUACCGACGCCGCCCCGAUGGCAGGAACAGCCACAAGAGAGCGGGAUGAGCUCGUCGAUCAAUUCAACUCUGGAGAGCUUGAUGCGGCGCGUGCAAAGCGCCGCAGCCGACCCAUCAUCCGCGCCACAGGACGUAGAUUCGUCUUUCGACGAUUCGUUCGAGGCCGAUGAUAACCAUACAGCGACAAACCCGUCGGCGGCGUUCGUGUUCGCGUCGGGCAGUGCAUCAAGCCAUCUGGACGAUAGCGGUGACUCGGAAGAUAGCUUUGAUGGUGGGGACGGAGGCGGCGAUACUUCUGGUAUGAUGGCAGUGGGCGGGGGUGUGCAUCCUUUUGGAGGCGGCAUUAUGGAUGGCAGCUUCGGCGAUGACUCCUUUGGGGACGAGGACGGCGAGACGGAGCCGGUGGAGGAGACGGUGUUCGGCAUGGCGCCAGCACAGCGAGAUGCGCGAGCGAGCGAGGGCAUCGCGGGGAGGUUGAGGAUCUAUGGAGGAGAUUUCGAGGACGACACGAUUUCGCGCCUGCCGGAUCAGAGCCCAACACCAUAUGCAGGCGAUAACUCAGACCUUGCCGGUCGCUAA